AUGUGGUCUUCAAACAACCGAACCAACUCCAAGCGUCUCACACCCAACCUCAAACAGCUUAAAUUAGUCGCCAAGGUCCCCGAAUCACAACCCACCCAAUCCCCCCAAGGUUCAGAUUCCUCAUCAACUGCAGAAUCUGCAACCAGCUCGUCCACCUGGCGCAAAGAACUCAGGCUGACUCGUGUCGUCGAACGAGAACGGAAGAAGCUGUCGACACUAGAAGUAGUCGAAAACAUGUUCUCAGCUCGUAAACAAAUGUUUGAUCUGCUCGGCAAGGACUCCGAACGGCUCAACCUCGACCUACAGAAGGAAAUCAAGCGGGACAGCCAAGCCCCCCAACCCUCUGAAGUUGAACCCGUGACUACCAUCAAGCCUAUCGAGCAAACUGAGCCAACCCCAGCCCCCUCAGAACUGGUCGCGACCACCGAAGACCCAAAGGGAUCCGCCCAGGCUUCUGACGAUAGCGCCGCUGCCGGAUGGGGAGGUUACUUCAAGAAGCUUUGGUGA